GAUGUAUUCUAGUAGAGUAUUAUUUCUGGGUGGGGCAGAAUUGCACAUGGCGCGCGGAAGGUGUUUGACAAAAUGUCUCUUAUAAAAAAAUUGAGUCCGAUCACUUCCCCCCAAAUCAAAUCAAAUCAACUUAAAGCGCACACACACACAUCUCAAACCAAACCAAACCAAACCAAACCAAGCUUCUGAAAGCUACUACUGUAAUUGUGUAAUUCAAAUUAAAGUGCCUUGGUAUCUGAUUAUUAAUUAUUUAGCCUGUAGAAUAACAAUAGUAUUUGUUGAGGAGAUAAAGAUGUUGAGGCGUGUUUUUUCAUUGUCAACGCUGAUCUCCUCCGCCAAACCCUCUCCGCUUCUUAAUCAGGUGGCAUAUGGAUUGAGUUUUCUCAAAGCUUUCAGCACAGACACCUUGAAGCCGGUAGAAGCUGGAAUCCUAUCAAAAGCGACGACCCCAACCAUUAACUUCGUAUUAGGAGGUCCUGGUGUUGGAAAAGGAACUCAAUGUGCACGGAUUGCUGACACUUAUGGAUUCACACACUUAAGCGUUGGAGAUUUAUUGAGAAAAGAAAUUUCGUCCAACAGUGAAUAUGGUGCCAUGAUUCUGGAGACGAUCACAAAAGGAAAAAUUGUUUCAUCAGAAGUGACAGUCAAAUUGCUCAAAAGUACCAUUGACUCUAGCAAAACCAAUAGAUUUCUAAUUGAUGGUUUCCCCAGAAGUGAGGAGAACCGUGUGACUUAUGAACGCAUAAUUGGAAUAGAACCAGAAGUUGUGCUUUUUUUCGAUUGUGAUGAAGAGGAGAUGUUGAAACGAGUACUACAUCGUAACCAGGGGAGAGUUGAUGAUAACGUUGAUACGACAAUGGAACGCCUUAAAGUGUUUGAAGCUUAUACUCUACCCGUAAUUAGAUACUACUCUGAAAAAGGGAAGCUUUACAAGAUUAAUGCCAUAGGAACUGAAGAUGAGAUCUUUGAACGAGUAAAACCUAUUUUUGCUCCAUAAGGAUUAAGAUUAAUGAACCUAAAGCUGCCAAUGGUGGAAAAGAAUUUGAGAAUCAUGGGCAGAUUGAUCGAGUUUGCAAGUUUGCCAUUUUUAGAGGUUGAACCUGCAGAAAAGCAUACAUAUUCGACCAAUUUGAUCACAAGCAGAUGCUGCUUAUUAGUUAUUACACAUUUGUGGCUUUCCUUUUUCUGCUUUUGAUGGUUAUAUGUGUCUUUAUCCUAUUUGACUAUAAAGCCGCUAUGUUGUAAGCUGUAGCUCUUUCGCACAUUAAAUAUGCCUUACUGGCGAUGGCAAGAUACUUUUGAGUUUUGAUCACCAAAUUGAAAAAAGAUCCAAUGAAUCUACAACAUUUCUU